CCAUCCUUAGAACAGUAUUCACCCACGCAUCAACCCAUACAAUCCACCCACCUACCCACGCCCAUUCCCUUAUAAUCCCAGCACGACUAUCGCAUAACCCCCGGAGAAAACCAAAAAACCGAACCAAAAAAACUACCAAGAGAAGCGAAGAGAAGCACCAUGGACUCCCUCACCAGCAGCAACCAAGGCCUCUCCAAUUUCGACAGCAGCAAGCUGAGCGACAAGGACAAGCAGGAACUUCACCAAUUCCUCACGAACGAGAGCCAAAAGGCGAGAAUCCAGUCGUCAAUCCACUCCCUAACCGACAUCUGCUUCCGCAAGUGCAUCCCCUCCGGAGCCGUGAAGAAGGGCGCCCUCGAUGCAAAGUACGAGGAGCCCUGCAUGCGGCAGUGCGUCGAUCGGUUCCUGGACGCCAAUCUCGUCGUGCUGAGGGAGUUGGAGCGGUUGAGGGGUUAGAUGGAUGUAUGAUCAUAUACGAAAGAGGUCGACGGUGGUGAUUGAGGGAAGCGAGGGAGAAGAAACUGGGCGCAGUGUAAGAGUGGGAUCGAGGGAGGAUGAUGGUACUGUAGCGUGUAUAUGCAGGAUGGAGGAAACAUAACAAUCUGCAUAUGCGAGAUGGGAUGGGCUUUGGAAGCGGAAAUGUACGAUACAGGAUCCGGGACGAGACGGGACGGGACGGGACGGUAUUGGCUGUCAAGCAAAUAAAAGGGCUCUUUGGAUAUCACGGUCAUCGGAGACCAUACCACGAGGGUACUGUAUAUUUUCAGAGUUUGAAUACAAUGGGCCAUCAGUUGAAUGAUUUCGCGGUAGAAACAGUCAAACUUCGGCACGCCACACAAGUGUGAACAGACACAGUCGGAACGGGGACGGAUUCAGAACAAUGCAGAUCAUGUUCACAUCACAACCCCAG